AUGAGCGGUGGUGCAGUACUUUUAAGGGAGAAAUUCGACUCUAUUCACAGUCCUACUAACCUUCCCACAAUUCUCAGUAACCCAUCAGUAGAGAGACAGCUGAAAACAGCAAGGCUUACCUGUCCCGAAUGGAAAUGUCUGUACCCUUAUCCGGGGAUAUACGGCAAGUCAAGUGAUUUUGACGUCAGUUUAAUCUUCAGACUGCUUCGAACAAUAUGCAAUUUUACCCCUCCCCUGACAGGAUGGGAUAGCCUACCAAACGACUCAGACCACACUCUUGAAGCAGACCUGGCGCGAUUAAAAUGUUAUCGCAAUGAAGUUUAUGGUCACUCCAAAAGUUUGGAAAUACCAGAUGAUCAGUUUAUUGACCUGUGGAGGAAAAUAAGUGAAUCGCUGUUGAGGAUUGCAGGAAGCCUAAGCUCUCAUGAACAAAGCAACUGGAAAGAUGCUAUUGACAAAUUUCUCCUUGAGCCCUUAACGCCAGAGGAAGAGAGAUAUGCCGAAGAGCUAGGGUUAUGGUACGAAAAAGACUUGGACCUAAAAAAAGCAGUACAAGAACUUGCUCAAAACGAAAAAGCGCUACAAGCACUUAUUCAGGAGGAAUUCAGAGUAAUAAAAGAUGACGUAAGGGGUCAGCAAGUAGGUCAGUGUACCGGUUGCUUGUGGUAGCGGGUUACGUUAAAUAUUUAAUAAAAUCUUCAAUUAUUAAUUUUUUCCAUUCAGCCCUAAGAAAUGCAUACCACAAUGCCAUGAUAUUAGGAAAUAUUUUCUGCGCAACUAAAAGAACCUGCGCACAGACACCGUAUUUGUCGAAGGCGUUUUUGGGGAGCUCGUAUUUCGUCCCUCCCAACAAACGCCUGCUCAACCGAGAACAACAUUCCUUUCCCCAAUUGGGCCAAUCACAUUUUGACCUUGACCGCUGGGUAACCCGAUAAUUACUCGACGUACAAGAAACACUGAGAAAGCUUCAUGACCUCUAAUAAAUGUUAGACUCAGAGCGGCAAAAAGUAUAAUUUACUCAGUAGGAUUUUACAAUACCGCGUGCACUGCAUAACCUUAGCGAAGGAAAGAAAAGAAGAAAAAAAGGAAACUCUAGGGUCACGGUUUUACACUAUAACGAGCUUACGAGUGGUGUUUAGCCUGUCACCAUUUUAUUUCAAAACUGUUGAUUGGUUACUUACCACGCGAAUAAAGCAAUGGGAAAGGAAUGUUGUUCGCGGUUGAGCAGGCGUAGGGGAGGGACGAAAUACAAGCUCCCCUGAAAACGUCUGCGUGGGAAUUAGAAGCUAACGCGCGGCAGAAUAAAGCGAAACAUCCUGAAAAUAAAAUUGUAGCAUUUCUUUACAGUGUUUCCCUAAUGUUGUGCAAGUAAGUAAGUCCUCUCGAAGCGCCGAGCGAAGUAAAUUUAUAAUCUCGUCGCGCGCGAAGCGCGCGCAGUGCGUGGACCGCACGUGGAUCCUAGCGAGCUGCAAGCUCGCAGCGCUCAUCUUUACUUGUGUAUAUCCGAUGGUUUCCGCCAUGACGUCAUACAGUAGUUUGACGUCACGGCGCAUUUUUUGUUUCUAGGCAACAUUCGACUGACAGCGAUUUCCGUUCAAUGACCAAAGUAUUCAUGAAGAGCUAGCUUGUUUAUUCAUCGCCUGCGAAACAAAGUUUACUAUCGGUGAAUCUCAAGCACUUUCUUAUGCAAAGGGAACAGAACAGCAAGCACAAGAACGCCGAUUGUAGAUCCUCGCAGGAGAAGAUUUGACACAGAAAAACCUCUGGAGCGAGAAGGUCGACUUGAAGUUCACCGCGAGCAACGAAGAAGGAGACGGCAGCAACACACAGCGGAGCAGAAAGAACAUCACUCAAUGAAUUUCGAAUGCUAAAGUAGUUUUAUGAGUAAAUUGAAGCGAUUUUGGAUAAUUAACCUUAGAUAUGAGCGAAAAUCGCUUGCCGUUCCCCCGAAGUCCUUCGCGAGGUCCUGCGAUUUACGUAUUUCUAGUUUAUAUGUUCAAAUCGUCCUUACUGAAUAGUCGAGAAUGGUGCUCAAUUGCUCUUUUUUUUCCAACAGCAAUGCUACAGCUUGUGAAUACCAUCGAAAGGAUCGCUCAGUUUGGAUUAGUGGUCGCCCCUAGUGAAAUGAAAGACAAUCAGCAGGAAAUUCCAGCAGAGUCAGACAUUUGGAGCGUUAUCAUGUCUUUCAAAGACUCUUUCAGAUUACUUUUUGGAUAUUUAAGAAAUAAUCUGAAUGCUCUUGUUGAAGACAUUGAACUGGGAAGCUUAUCGAUAGCUGUUAAAUGUAGCUCACUACAGAUCCUUGAAGGAUUGUGGGAAGAUUAUAUCAGUGGUCACCUUAAUCAAGUGGUUCAAGAAACGCUGGUGACAGAUGAGGUCUUAGAAAUCCUUGGCCUUAAAGAGUUGAAGCUGAAAGUGUUCAUUUCUGACGAGAAGUAUCACAACGGAAAACUUAUUUUGCGGAAAAUUCCGGUGAGUAUACUUUUCUUUUGAUAAUCUCUUUUGAUUACCUGCUAUUCUCCAGCCCAACAGUAACGUUUAUUUAAAAAAACAAUAACUGCGGAUCAGAAAGAAACAAGAAAUACCUCUUAAAUUCCCCAAAACACUUUUGUCUAAUAAUGACUUCUAAAGAACGCGUAAAGUAAGUUUUGCUAAACCAAAAAUACAAUCUCUAUAACAAGGAUUGUAUAAUUUAAAAAACAAAAUUAAAAAAAAUAAUAAUCAAAUAAAUAAUCAAAUUAAAUGAAUAAAUAGAUAAAGUUAAUAAAUAUAGCAGUUUCUAAAUAUAAAUUUUGCAAUGUCAAAGUCAAACUUCUUGGUAAAAAUGUUUAUCAUAAUUUAGCUUUAACGUAUAAGAACCUGCUCUGUCUUACUUGGAUAGGGUUCAGAGUCUUUGGGUAUCAAAAUGGCAAAAUGGCAAAUUUCUGCUAGCAGGUUCUUAAAAUUCAAAGUUCUUACUCACGGGUAUUUGCUGAAGUGGCUGUAGGGCGCAAUGUUCCGGCCAGCCGGAAAACCAUGAAUUCUUACUCUGGACUGGACUCUGCCUCACUCUUUGUUUUGGUUGUUUAUCAACCUCUAAAAGCCUUCCGUCCAAAAAGGGGCAUGAGAAAAAUGAAUAUAAUUUCUGAAUUUCCACAAACCAAAGGCAACUACUGGUUUAAUUGAAUCCGCCCUCGGGGAUAAGGCAUCGGUGUCUCCAAUCAGGAUUCUGAAUGUUGACUUAUCGUAUUUGCCUAAGUGUACAGAAUUUUUUCAUAGAUUUUAGAAAACAAGAACCUGGUGGACCAGGUUCUUAUAUUGAAGGGGUUCUUAAAAUCCAGGUUCUUAAGAGUCGCGGGGUUUUUACUGUGUUACAAUAAUUGUUAAAAUGGAAACUUAACCGUGCUUAAGGAGGCUAUUGUUAAAACCAUAUUAAUUUGCCGGUGAAUCGACAGUGACGUUUAAACUCGACAGUUUAGUUUGGCACGAUAAAAAAAUAACCCAACCUUGGCCAACUCAUUACGAGGAGUAACACUGAAAAACACGAGAUCGUAAUCAAUUUAUGAACACGAUAGGUUUUUUUUUAGAUGUACCAGCUACUCUUCUGCAAAACAGUAAUUAUUCGACGGCUUAUAAUUAAGUUGUACGUUUGGCUGAAACAGAUUUUUGUGUAAAUUUGUCAAAAGGUUCACGGGUUUUGAUUAUUUAUUGCAGAGUCAAAAUAGACAAGGUACUGAAGGAGAAUAAGACUUGAAGUCAGUAUAAAUUUCAUUAUUAUUCAUUUAAAUAUAUUUCCCGAUUCUGAGUGGCUAAAAGCCUCGUUUGGAAUUGAACCGACAAAUACGUUCAUACACUCCCGUAGUUUCCUCGAAAACCAUGCAUACCCGAUUCCAGACCAAAUUGGGCAAAGUCUAUACCCGUUUUCAGAUCAAAACGGCGCAAAACGCCAAAACCCCUAUAUAUUGGAGCGGCACAUACCUAUCUUUAUAAGGGAGUACCCCCAAGCUUUUUUUAAAGCUAUCUCUCCUCUCACCCUUCUUCAAAAAGGCUUGAAUCUAGGCGAGAGACCGAACCCGCUCUUCUACCUUUUAAAGUUUUGUUUGUGCGUUUGUUAUAUAAUCGGAGUCAGUUGAUCGGAAGAGAUCUAAAGGAGUGGGCUGCGGCAAACAGCAAAUGUAUAUAUAAAAAAGAUGCCGCAAAAAUUAACUUACCUCUCGGCCAAGCGUGGUUUCUUUUGUCCAUUCUCUUCGAAAUCACCGCACGGACCUUAAAUAUUGCAAAAUAAUUUCGCAAACUGAAGCGACAGAAACUACAGAUCUUUUCUUCCCAGCCACGAGUUGGAAGUGACAUUCCAGCAAACUACAAAACUGCCUCCUCUAUUUAUCUUCUCUCCGACGAUCCUGAGGUGUCAGAACUAAUAUCUAUGUUUCUAAUAUUUUGAAUUGUUUUUCUAUUUAUUUGUCUUAUUUAUUUAUCUAUCUUAUAUAUUUAUCUUAUACAUUUAUUUAUUUAUUUAUUUAUUUUUAUUCAUUUAUUUAUUAUUUUCCGCCUUCCGCCAUCCGCCGUCCGUAUCCACCGUCCGUUUCCUUAUUUUACAAACAUCCACUCCUGCCUCCUUACAUUUUAAUCAAGCUGGCCAUUCAGGGUUUGUUCCUUUGGGUGGAUCCGGAUCAAGAUCACUGAUCACAGAUCACUCAGAUCAUAGCACAAGAAAGGAACGAAAUUUUGGUUCGUUUGAUCAGUUACCAUGACAGCAGGCGCGAAAUACAAGCGCGCGUCAGGGGAUAAAAAAAGGGUGAGCAUAAGAUCCCAUCGGCCGUAGUCCCUUUCUCCUCUCAUGAAAUUUACACAAGGUAGAAAUGUUUUCUGCUUUUAUAUCAUACUUAAAUGAUAUUUCAAGCUGGAAAUGUUCACGAAAGUGCAAGUCUCUUCAAUUUGAAAGAAAAUACUUUAUUUGAAAACAAUGGGAUUCGAACCCAGAUUGUCCAGUGUACUACGCUAACCACUAGACCACUGAAGAUUUGAUCGAUGGAGGUGAAAUAGUUUAAUUACAUAUAGCAUCAACCCAAACUUAAAAAAAGAACCUAACCAGUUUCGAAACAGUGCUUAACCCUAAAAUCAGUAAAGGCAGUGCUUAACUCUAAUCUGUAAAGGCAGUGCUUGACCCUAAUCUGUAAAAGGCAGUUCUUAAUGUAUCAGUCAAUUCCAGCUGCGCCCAGCCCCCCCCCCUCCCCACACGGGCUACUGCGGGGCAUUUGCCUGCCUUGUCAGUCCCGGGGUUGGGGCAUUUGCAAAUUUUGUGCUGCCCAGGAGGCGGGCAUUUGCCCACCCCCCACCCCGGGGCCAUUCCAGAGAUUUUGACACGCCGCGGUUUCCUAUCACAAAAUAACUACACAGAGGGUUUUAAUGGGAAAGAAAGCAGAUUGGCUCAUCUGUCAAGGACAGCGUGAGGAAAAAAUUGAAGAGGGUUGUAAAGCGGGCAUGUUCUUGAUUUUAUGCAUGCAUUUCUUAAUUGCUUAUCAAGCCAGAAUUACAUAGCGAAAUCGGGAGCUAUCGACGUGAAUCAUCGUUUUUUGGUUAUUAAAUCCAAUUUCUGUUGAUAUUAUUUGAAAAACAACCUCAAUAUUUAUAAAACUUUUCAUAAAAUAUAUUUUAACAGCGCUCUAUUGAUUUAUGUCAAUAUUUUUACAUCAAUACUAAAAUUACAAACUGGUCCAUGUCGUCGCGGCGUGAAGCUUUAAUUAGAAUCUUGGCUCUAAUUCAAAGGAAGACGUUAAUUGAAACAAAAAAAUAGCACAUUACAAUCUUUAAAACGGCACUAUUCGACUGUGCGAUCAAUAGAAAAGGUUGCAGUGUUGACGGACGUACGGGGCAUUUGCCCUCUUUUUUCGUCCCCACCCCGGGGGAUUUGACAGCUCAAGAGUCCCCACCCCCGGAAGAUUGCCAUCCAAGGCAAAAAAAUGCUAAUGCCCGGGGGUCAGGCGGGAGGGGGGAGGGGGCUGGGCGCAGCUGGAAUUGACUGAUGCAUAACCCUAAUUAGUAAAGGGGAAAGCUACGUUGUGUAAAUUUCAUGAAGUGUCCGAGGGGGGCAACGGUCGAUGGGAUCUAAUGAAAACCGCAAAGAAUGCGCAAAACUUGAAAACAUAAACACAACAUGACCGCCGUGAAUAGUGCAGUUAUUCUCUCAUUAAUGGAUGAACUCAAUGAUGAUUCAACGCUACUAGAAGCAAGCAGUUAUGAUGGGGAGAUAAGGAAUUUCUUUUGUUUCUGUUGAUUACCAGCAAGGACAGAGAAAACCAUAUCCGCAUUGACGGUUACUUUGAACGAAUUAUACCGCUCUAUAGUUUGUCAGAUUUUUCGAAGUCGACUUUCGGACUUCGCACUACAGUCACUUUUUUGGAAGGCUUGCUAGCUUCUUGCCCAGAUCUUCCCUAUGAACAUAAAAAUGGUGGAAGACCUACCACUGACUUACGGAAGCAAGUUUUGAUUACAUUAUGAAUACUUGGGAACCCUGAAUGCCAGGGGUCAGUAGCAGACAGAUUUGACAUUACAAAAUCAAGUGCAUUUCGAGUUUAUCGCCGAGUAUGUGGGGCGAUUGUCAACAAUCUGCCCGGUCAGUUAAUCAAGUUUCCUUCAGGUCAACGAGCAAGAGAAGUGGAACAACGAUUUGAGGAAAAAUGGGGAUUUCCUGGUGUUUUGGGUGCUAUCGAUGGAUCUUAUAUUCCAGUCAAACGACCGCGGAAAAACCCAGAACAGUACAUAAAUCGUAAGGGGUUUCACUCGCUGCAGUUACAGGUAAUUUGCGAUGCGGACGUGCUAUUCACUAGUGUGUUUUGUAGUUAUCCUGGUUCUGUACAUGAUGCCAGAGUGUUCAGAAAUUCAUCCAUUUUCCAAGAUGCUGAAGCAAAUCCAGACGUCUUAUUUCCAAGAAAUACCCAUCUGAUUGGUGACUCUGCAUACCCUUUAAAGAUGUGGGUGCUUACCCCUUUUCGAGACAAUGGGCGUCUCACCAGGAGGCAAAGACGAUAUAAUUUUGUUCACAGCUCGACAAGAAUGAUUGUAGAAAGAUCCCUCAGUCUCUAUAAGGGUAGAUUUAGGAAGACAGACACAAAUAGAGAUGGACAAGAUUUAGGACGCACCGGUGAUAAUUGUAGUUACAUGUGUCUGUGACAUAACAUUUGCAUAAUUGCUGAUGAUGGCAACAUUGAUGACGUCUUGGAUGAUGGUAGUGAUGAUGAUGGCAGUGACGAUGAUGAUGAUGGUGGUGCAGAUGCUGACAAUAAGAGGAAUGGAAUAAUGAUAAAUCUUCCUUGACACUUUCUACAUGGGCAAGGAGGUAAUACAUAAAACUAUGAGCGGACCAAUAGUUGAUUUAUUAUUGCAUAACUAGUAAAAGUAUAUAUACAGAAUGCUCAAACAACAACUUUAAAAGAAGCAUCCUACUGGUAACUACUUCAGAUUGUAUUGGGGUAGUAGAUUAUUUCCUUUGAUAAUUAUGUCAUUAAAUAUCUCUUGACAGUUUUUUACAGUGAAACACAAACCUUACCCUAUUAAAAAAACAACAGCAUGAACAGAACGCAAGACUUCAUUUAUCCUGUACAGAUUUCUCAAAUACUUUUGGAAACUGUCCAAGGAAAGUCAUUUUUUUAUUGUGCAGUUCUUCAGUCAGUUUCUGCAAUUUCUGUUCCUCCUUUUCCUCUUUCUUUUCAACUUCGCUUUCGCUUCUCUCACUUGGGGAUUUCUCUCUUGGUUUUUUCUUCUUAAUGGCAUCUUCAUGGUCAUCACUUUCAGAGCACUCUGCAUCUUCCCUCUCUGUUGAUUUCUCUGUUCCCUCUUUUCCUCUCUUCACCAGCUCCUUUCUACUACUGAACACAGCUGGUGGUUUGAUGUUGUCGUCACCAUGGAAUAUACCAUGUAGUUCUUCAUAAUAUGCACACUUCUUUGCAUCAUUUCCUGUUUUACUGAUGCGGUCGAUGCAUGCAGUAUAUGCUCUUGUAAAAUUUUUGAACUUGGUCUCACACUGAGACUUUGCAACACAAGAUACAUAUCCUUGUGCCUGCAUUUCAAGGGAAAUAUAAUGCCAGAUAUCCUUGCUCCUCAUUCUUGGGUUUUUAAAAUUAUCUUUCCUCUUGCGUAAAUUAUCUUUCCUCUUGGGCACAGAACUUCGUCUUUAUUCCACAACUUCUUUUCUUUACCUGAUUCAACUGGCUCUUCACUACCACUGCUAUUAACUGAUGACAUACAAGGCAUGAGUAGAGGGUUGGUGUAUUGCAGGUAAACUUGUGAACCAGUAGGAGGGCCGAAGGCCAUGUAAGUAGGUGUACUCGAGUGUUCACCGGUGCCACUUUGCUGGUAAGGCAAUUCCACUGAUGUGUCAUUUUACAAACCGUAUACACCGUAUUCACAAAUGGCGGACACGCGGGAAAAAACUGGUGCCUAGUCAUGAAAGCGAGGCGUUGGAGGAUAAACAGAAAUUGCAAAUGAAGACUUUCAGUGAACUUGCAGAGUGUUUAGCACGGAUUCCACCUAAAAUAACUUUGUACGGACUUAUUUUUAAAUACAGUUACGUGGGAUGUCUUCUGCUUUUAAUGUUUAGUAGCGAUUUGCUGUUUGCAAUCAAAAGGGACGCGUAUAUCUUCAAGGAAACAGGAUGAUUUUGUAGGUUUCCAAAGCAUCAGAAGCUCGACAAGUGGACGAUUGCUGGAGAAAAGAGGCAAACUUCACACUGAAACCGAAUACGAAAGCCAGCUCACUGCAAUUCGGUGAAACAGAAAUAUAAACAAAUCUUGGUGGCAAGAAAAAAAGAAAUAAGCGACAGAUAUAUGGCCUACUUGCAACUGUUAACGCAAGAGACGUCUGCCGUUGAACAAAACAGUUCAAGUCGAGGUGGAAAAAAGGAAGACAGGAAAGAAGAGGUGACUGAGGUUCCGAUGAAGUUAUGUUUGGUUUUUGUUUGCCAGGACGUUAUUCUCUGGUCUUUAUCAAUGAAGGACAUCAAUUAGAACUAUUUUUUAGGUAUAAAUGCAGGAGCGAUCGCGAGGAGUACGCUCAAAAUUUCAACUUGUUACUCGGCAGACUCGGUAAGCCGGCCACAUAUCAUUUCAGCGAGUAAUUUCGUAUUUCUUACCUUUGGCUGUUAAGAGUUUUAACUUUAUGUUCCAUAAUAUUUUAAAGUUGAAGAAUACAUAAAUAAAUAAAAUGAUGGUCUUCUUAAACUGAUCCAGACUCGAAUUCAAUUAUUCGAAACCGAAGCUUGCCGUGUGCAGUCCUGACAAAAACAUUGCCUUAAAAUUUUAACCUAGUAAAAUGUAAGCUUUAUACCACUUUUUUUACCAAGAGCUCUCUGAGAUAAUGCCCUAAAAGAGGCCAGGCAAAUAGCAAGCCAUAAGAUUCACACACUACAGCUUCUAAUUUUGAUAAAAUCAUUUUUAAUUAUUUCGCAAUGACAAAGAAAUCAUGAGAUUUUUUGCUAAGCUCUGCCAGCGUAUCUCUAACAAUUCACUCCAAAGCGACGGAAUUAAUUUGAUCCAAUACAGAAUUGUAGUGAUCUGGCUUUCAUAUUCGGUUUCAGUGUGAGGUUUGGGCCAACAUGUUUGCCGCUUUUCUCCAGCCAUCGCCUACUCUUCGAGCUUCUGAUGCUUCGGAAACCUACAAAAUCAUCCUGUUUCCUUGAAGAUAUACGCGUCCCUUUUGAUUGCAAACAGCAAAUCGCUACUAAACAUUACAAGCAGAAGACAUCCCACUUAAUUGUUUUAAAAAGAAGUCCGUAGAAAGUUUUUUUAGGUGGAAUCCGUGCUAAACACUCUGCAAGUUUACUGAAAGUCUUCACUUGCAAUUUUUGUUUAUCCUCCAACGCCUCGCUUUCAUGACUAGGCACCAGUUUUUUCCCGCGUGUCCGCCAUUUGUGAAUACGGUGUAUAACAAGGAAAAGAUAGUCAUGUGAGAGUUAAUAAUAAAUUGUACACAUACUACUCGCUACUCACAUCUUUUUACCCCUUUCCUGGCUGUAGAAAAGAAUAGCUUGAAGUUCAUAUUGAGAAUAUCCACGAAUUAUUAUUAAAAUCAUCAAGGUAUAUGUUUUGAACACGAGACGUCCCAGUCUCCAAUUCCCUGAAAUAAAUAUCAGCACUGAUCAAGGUACUAAGGUGUACCUUUACGUCUUACGAGAUAGAGAGUUCUUGCUGUGUUUGUUCAUCUCUCAUACUGUCGCAGUUAAGCAUACAUUGCCGGUCUAUUUCGCAUAAAUUGUGCUAAGUAAUGGAAGGAAUAAUACUAAGCUUAACUCCUAUAAAAGAAAGUGCUAAAAACAACCUAAACGCACAGCAGGAGAGCACUUUCAAAAUAUCCCUAUAACCAACAAACACGUAUAACAUAUGAUCAACACCGUUUUCACUGCAGCUCUGUUCUAACAGCGUUAUCAAUGCUAAAUCAUAAGUUAAAGCUUUACAGAUUCUAUCAUGGUGUCGACAUGGCGGCACCUGUCCAACGUAAACAGUUCAGAUAUAUCCGGUAAAUAAGCGGUUAAAACCGAAAAUUUAUCCAGAAAACAUUUCGAAAAUAUGUACUUCCCUAAAAUUUUAUCAAUCUUAUGAUAAAUUUUAAUCAAUACUGACAGGAAAUAGAGCGAAACUGCAAUGUUUUUUAUUACUACGUACUCACCUAAAUACGCUGAAAAUUGAACAAAAAGAAUUAGUAUAAAUAAUUGCGUAACCGUGCCCUUGAGCAACAGUAGUAGGUCACGUGAUAUGUCUGUCUAGGGCCUUCGGUCGACUCCAUCUGCAGCAACCCAAGCUUUAUUUGGUCAACAAUAGUUCACACUAGAUUGAAGAGUCUACCAACUUUUUAGUAAGUAAAUCAUCGUACUAAGAGUGCAUUAAACGGUCUUUGAAGGUUGCUGCUUCUAAAACUCGACCAAUGUUGAACAUUGCGGGUGAUGAAGGCGGAAGAAACUUGAAGACAUCUUGUGUAGAAGGUAUGUUCUUCUGAAAGGCAAGUAAUCACUUGUUUUAUCACCCAUGUUACUGCGCUUUUCUAGAGUACAAUGCGAUAACUUUGGAAAUGUGUACUUACCUUUCUUCCGACAAAAUAGGUGAAACAGACUCUUCGUGUGUAUAGUAGUACAUCGGAGCCGACUUCUUAUGGCCGUGAUAACAUUUGAUAAUGCACAGCGAACGAUAAGAAACGAUCUGCCGCGCAGUAGUAUUUUACUAAAAACUGUGUUCUUUUGUGCUCGGUUACGCUAAUUUUAAAUCGAAAAUAAGCAUAAGUACCUGGGUUACACUAAUAGAACUAGAGUUCAAAGGCAUAAAGAUCGUAACAAAUGUUAAAUUGAAGAAAAUGUAAACGGGUAAUUCCAAUAAAGAUUUAUCAUUUUUCAAUUCGCCGAAGGAUAUUGCAGUGAAAAAUAUACCUUUUUACAGAUACGGCGGCCAUAUUGAAUUAAUUCGAUUUAAGGAGUAUUAUAUGAUGCCCAGGGGGCAUGAGCAUAUUUUGUUUGUAUUUUCGAGGGCUUUUCGGGACAUUUUUACUUAAAGUUUUCUUAGAAUAAGAUUGUAACGGGAAAAAAGAUCCUUGUGCCGUGUUUGGAUGUAGUAAUGAUCGCCUUUUUCUAGUUUAGUAUUAGAAAUAUGGUCUUUCACUGUAUAUUUCUCGGGAAAAAGGCGAUCAUUAAUACAUUUUACGGCGCAAAAAAGUGGCUGUUUUAAUACUAUCAACUUAAAAACAUUACUGUUACACCACUCUAUAUUUUUAAUAGCCCUAAACCGUCUUACAACGUUUAAAAUCAAUAAAAGGGCUCCUUUAUGUCGCGAGGACAAACAACGAAUUGUGUAAGAAGGUAACUUCGGCUAUAGGUGCCCUUAGACGUAUCAGGCCCCUAAUCUCCCAAUCUACCGCUGUACUAGUCUAUAACUCCUUCAUUCAACCUCACUUUGAUUACUGUAGCCUCGUUAGUUGGGACGGCUUAAGUGAUCAACUUAGUAACAAAUUACAAAAGUUACAGAACCGUGCAGCUAGAGUAAUUUUAAAGGCCAACUAUGGGACUAACUCGAGCCAGCUUAUUGAUAUACUCAAAUGGGACAAAUUAGUUAUAAGGAGAAAGAAGCAUAAAGUAAUAAUGAUGUUUAAAUCUCUAAGUGAAGAAGCUCCAGUGUACUUGCAGAACCUAUUUCACGAACGAAGCACUGACUAUGAUUUGCGCAAUUCCUUUCAUAAAUUGACAUUGCCCAGGCCGCUUACUAACUACUUGGUACGGCUCGGAUGAAAAAAGUACUUGUACCAAAAAAAUUGGUUCGGCACGGAUAGAUUUAGUCGUGUAAACGACUUUGGCCCAUCACCCGUGCUCGGACCAUGUCGAGAGGUAGUCCGAGCACGGAUAAAACUGGUACGCGAUCCUGAAAAUCUAGCCCAGCUCGGAUAAAGUGUGCAGUGUAAACGAUUAGCCGUGCCGAGCUAACUUUUCUCUGAUGAGCCUUCGUGCCUUUGGUCAGCACCAAUGUGGGAGAGCAUGUACAGAUGAGCUU